CAAAACAAAACCUACAAUACACAAAAGAAGAUGGGUGGUGGUGUUGCUAACAUAAUGCUAGUCAUGAUGGUGGUGUUGGUCAUAUCAGAGCUGAAUCCGGCCACCGGAGCAGGGCCUAGUGCCACCGAAUGCCGAGAGGAGAGGCGGCUGGCAAUCAAUGCUUGCAAGUCGUUGUUGCAUGGAGGACUUCCAAGCCCAGAGUGUUGUCAACGUGCAAGGGUUAGCCACGCAGAGUGCAUAUGUCCAGAUGUCACGCCUGCAUUACUUGCAAUCAUUGGGAACGUUAAUCGAGCCAUUAGGCUAAUUGAAAGUUGUCAUCGAAGAGUUCCUCAUCAUUUCAAAUGCGGGUGUGUGACUACUCCAUGAACCAUGAAAACUCUCUUUAGUUACUUAAUUAUGAGAUGUAACGUGUUUAAAGAGUGCAUACCAGCUUUUUCUAUAUAAGGAAAUAUUUGAAAUCUCUUAA